AGUGUUGUGACUUGCGACUGACCCCGUUGAGUGCGUUGGAACUUGGUAACAGUCGACGUUAUCAAAUAUCAACAACGCACGACAGACGUGAUUGGCCCAAGUAGUUUUCUAAGUUGGAAUGUUGCUAUGUCGCAACAAAUCCCUUCAUCGGAUGUAUGAUUCGACGACAGGAGAACGAGAUCUGAUCCAUCCAGGGAAACGAAAAUGACCCCUUGGAUAAUCCUUCUGGUGCUGUUCGGAUUGAGAUGUGUGUAUCUGAUGUACCAGGUGUUCACCCUGCGCCGGCCCCAGGCGACGAGCAGGAACGGCGACCAGUCUGUAAAGACGAUGAUAGUCAUAGGUUCUGGUGGUCACACGGCCGAAAUGCUGAAAAUAACCCAGUUCCUCGAUAUACGCAAGUAUAGGCCUAGGUUGUACGUCCUCGCCUCCACAGACAUAACGAGCGAGCUGAAAGUGGUUUCAGUUGAGUACAACAACCAGACAGGCGACUACGUGAUCGUCCGGGUGCCGAGGAGCAGGGCCGUCGGACAGUCCUACUUCACCUCCGUGUUUACCACUCUGUACGCUAUUCUGGCCACCGUGCCCAAAAUGCUGUACCACAGGCCGGAGCUGAUACUCUGCAACGGGCCCGGGACUUGCAUACCUGUUUGCCUCAUCGCCUUUCUCAUGAGAGCACUAUUUCUCUCUGAUAACAGGAUCGUCUUCUUCGAGAGCAUCUGCCGUGUGUCCUCGCUCUCCCUCUCCGGCAUGAUCCUCAUGUUUUUUGCAGACAAUAUUUUUGUACAGUGGCCAGAACUAAAGAAGAAAUAUUGGCGUACCCAAUAUAUCGGCAAUCUGUAGCGAUCGUGUUUUGUACUUGUGAUAAAAUGCCUUAUGACAUUAUUUCUUUGAUAGCUUUCAAUGUAUCAAAAACUAUUAACCAAAGACAGAGUAAAUAAAUUUAUAUUUAUAACUAAA